AUGACCCAAGCAGAAGAAAGAAAGGCUUUUUCUCAAGACAAUAACAAGAGUACUCCUGAAAAGAAUUGUUCUAACAACACUGAUUGUAGUACAGGAACAUCAGCAUCUCCGAAAAGAAGAAUUUUAAUUCAUGGUAUUCCUGGCUUGUUUUCUGAUUUUCUCUUGUUCGAUCCGAGAGUAAGCAAAUCAUCUUCUCUCAAUGGAGGCACACCACAAGAAGAGAAACAUUACUUUAAACCUGCUCUUGGUGUGGUGGAGAAUUCAAAGGAAUUUAAAGUAAUUUGUAAUGUUCCUGGGUUGGAAAGGGAAAAUUUAAAGAUUAAUAUUGAUGAGGAAGUUCGGGUAUUGAUAAUAAGUGGAAAGGUUGAACAGGAGAACAGUGGGGACAAGAUUCUUGUUAGAGAAAGAAAUAGUGGAUCAUUCAAAAGGAGUAUCUAUCUCCCAAAACAAGCAAACCUUGAACAAGUUAAAGCUCAAUUGGAGAAUGGUGUUUUGAGAAUUAUCAUUAACAAGAGUGAGGAAACAAAGAAGAUUAGAACAAUUCGAUUGAGCAAUUUGUAA